GGUGCGGUUCGGUCACCCCAAUCAAAAUGUCUCAUAGAUAGAUAGAAAACCGCUUUAAUGUUUGUUUUUUUCCAGGAUCGCCAUUUUAAUAUUUCAAUGGCAUUCAUUUUACCUUUCUUAUACACUACUCUACCGUGCGUGAUGGCAAAAUCUUGUUUUUCAUAUAUUGGUACAUUUAUAUAAGACGGCUCAACCAAUACUUUCAUCUGUCAAAUAAAAAAUGCAAAAGUCACACAUGUAGCUUAAGAUAAUGUCGUGUGUCCCAGCAUCGGGAAAUUAACAGAAUUGCAUAGGACGGACAGCAAUAAAGGUGACAGGACGCCGUCGAUCGAGACGCCGGGGACAGUUGUACGUCAUCGGGGAGUUUCACGCGGCGUCUGUCACGAGCCCUUCCGGGUUUAGGUAAUCCCACAUUUCCUCUCGUUAACGCGAAUUAAACCGGACCGUGAAAGCACAGUCGACUAGUUAGUCCACGAGAGCCAAAGGUUGCGCACAUUAGAGGGAAUUACCUUGCAGAAGCAGAAAAAUAUGUUAAUCAUCGUGCUUUGCACAUGUCGAAGGUUGCUUGGUUUUCCGAUUACGAGUAAACCGAAAAAGUUUGUUGAUAUGAUGCAGAAAAAAAAUCAGCUAAAUUAAAUCCUGAGUUUUUUUGAAGCGCAAAUCCAUUCAUUUGGCAAAGUGCGUUUUUUCUUCAAUAAAGAAAGGCGUAUAUACGGUAUAUCUGCUGCAUAAAAUAGGUGCUCGCUGGUAAGUGGGCGCCGCGUUAUUUAAUAGUGAACAGCGAGGCGUGGAUUCCCAGCGAGAUGACUUCUCUCCAGAUCGCGCUUUGCCUGUUCGCAGCGGCUGCUUGGAAAGUGUCCUGCGAACUGCGAGCCGCGCCUUCACCUGCCGCCACGCCGAGUCCCACAUCGCCGCUGGCGGAGGGCUCACAUCUAAACGGGAGCUCCAACCAUUCAGCGCCCAUCGGCUCUCGCAUUUACUCCAUCGCGAACGACCUGCCGACGCUGAAGAGCGCGGUCAUCUUCAUAUGCGCUUUCACUGUUUUCCUGAUCAUCUGCUUGCUCAUCAAAAUGUACAGGUCCGGGAGGAAGAUAAGGAAAACACGAAAGUAUGAUAUAAUUACCACUCCUGCCGAACGGGUGGAAAUGGCACCUAACGAGGAGAAUUAUGAGGAAGAUGAUUCUACCAUUUUUGACGUGAAGUACAGAAGACAGGUCUUCAUCAAGAUCACUGUGUAUCCAGAUGCAUAA